UAGACAUAGAACUUAAUUUUGCACAACGGCGCGGCAGGAGACCCUUUAGAGUCAAAAUUUUGCGUUCUCUACCAAAGAAAGCUCUCACUGCAUCCAACGUUUCUCUCAAAUCCUCAACAAAAAAUAAUAGGAGUGUUUCAGUGCCGACAAUCCUCAACAGGCACCAGAAAAGCUGCUUCUUCUUAAACCCUAUUAUAUCAUAGUAGAGGUUUAUCUCCAAACUAAACUGUCAAUGGAUAUGGAAGAAGAUACUCCGACCGCCCAAAAAUCCCAUAUGAGGAAACGUGGAAGGCCUGAAGAUGAUUAUGAUCGUGGAGUGAAUCCAUCCACCCAAACUAGAAGGAUAAAUGCAAUCAUAUUAGCAAAUACAAAACCAAGUUACUGUCUAAAGAGAGGGAUAGGGAGUUUACACCAUGAUUGUCAAAGUUUACGGUCUGAACAUCGGAGAAGACUGAGGCGUUUGCUGCAAAAGUUGAUGAGGCAACAUAAAUAUGCUGAGGCUAGUGGUGUGAUGAGUGUACUUCUUAAAGGGACAACCAAAGAAAAUGCCAUAUUGAAAACUCGGACCAAGUUUACGGCUGCUUUGGAGCUCAUUGAGCAUAUUAAAGGCGAGACUAUCAGUACAAGAAGGAUACAAAACAUUUAUGAGCUCUGGAUGAAGAAGCUUGGACCUAUGAAAUAUUGGGCUAUGAAGGAUCGUUUUGCUGUUCAGUUGGAAUUCAUCCUUUUCUGUCUCAGAUGUGGGAACACACAGGAUGCACAUCAGGGUGCCUUAUAUCUCAUGCAGGAACGUGGUUUUGAGAGUGAUCCAGUCUCUAAUUUACUUGUGGGCUUGACCUUUUACCAGUUAUGGUAUUCUACUAUCCCAAAGGAGUUGCAUUUGCAAGAGUUGGAUAAAUCUGAUAGCCCGGUGCAGUCAGAGACCUUUGAGGACAGAUUAUUUAUGUCCAUUUUAAAUUCAGAGGGGCAUGAUGCUGUUGAAGGGGAAGAGGCUAAUUCUCCAUUCCAUUGUGAUUCAAACACCUCUAUUAGGAAUGAUAAAGAGAUCUUGGGAAUUGAUGUCAGUCAACAGAGAGAAGUCCCCAUGGUCGUUGAUGAUAAUGUGCCGGGAGAAACACAAAAUUACAAUUUUCAGCCACAAGAUUUUUACGUGAAUUCUGCUGAAAGAAGUGAUCAUGAAGGUUCUUCUAUGGAUCUGAGUGGUGAUGUGCCCUAUCAUUCCAUAUUCUACAAUCGCGGUCUUCCAUUGUGGUUGUUGCCUUUACAAUUGCCUUCCUCAAAUGAAAAUUUAGAGGAUGACCUCAAUAUGCACCGGACCUUGCGUAAUGACCACUAUAAGAGUGCAAUAAAGUAUUUACGACAUGCUUUGUAUUCGAGUCCGCCAGUACUCGAAGCUUUUCAUCCUUUAAUGCAGAUGCUGCUGCUCGGGGAUCAGGUGAAGGAGGCUCUUGAUGAGGUGGAAAAAAUUUCUCCAUACUCCAACACAUCAUUUCAGUUGAGGUUGAAAGCAACUAUCUUGGAGCAUUUUGACAGUGGAAACUAUGUCAAACUUGCAGCAAUCUUUGAGGAAAAUUUGGAAAAGGAUCCUACAUGUAGCCACUCAUUAGGGAGACUCAUCAGAUUGCAUAGAAGUGCAGGAGAGUAUAGCACUGAAAAGCUGGUGGAAAUGAUAGCUUUGCAUUUGGAUGCUACUCAUGCAAAAUGUGACACAUGGAAGGAGUUGGCUUGUUGCUUCCUAAAACUUUCUCAAUGUGAAGAAGACUGCAUGUCUGUGUGCUCCAAGGGUGAAGAUAGCGAGAAGCAAAAAUUCACGAACCGGAUUAGUCAGAUUCCAAGAAUAUUUAGCGAUUAUGAAUCCAGCAAGUCAUGGAGGUUCCGUUGCAAAUGGUGGCUGACACGCCACUUCAGCCAGAAUAUACUCACUUCAGAUAUUGCUUCAGGUGAUUGGGAACUGCUGACAUACAAGGCAGCCGCUGCAUGUUACCUUUAUGGACGAGAAUUUAUCUAUGUUGUAAAGGUUAGGGAGUGUUUGGAAGAGGAACCAAAUAACAAGAAUAUGUCUUCCAUUUUGCAAAUGCAUGCCAACAAUUGUACUGGAUUUUAUUUCAAUAUACAAAAGUAAUGAAUAUGCAGAAUUGCCAUCUUC